CAAUCCUCCUUAAGCCAGAACCAAGAAAUGGAAGCAUCAAACAUUAAGUUCCAAAAAACUAUCCGCCGUGACAGGCUUCUCAAAGCAUUUAGCAUCUUGCUUAUUGACUUGUCUUUGUGUUCUCUCUCACAGCCUCAAGGAGAGCUUCCUUACAUGACCUCAGAUGUGAAAGAAGUUGCAGGUAAAUCCUUUGAUUACAUUGUUGUAGGCGGAGGCACUGCUGGCUGCCCCCUGGCAGCAACCUUGUCCGAGAAAUUCUCAGUGCUAUUGGUGGAACGAGGUGGAUCACCUUAUGGUAAUCCCUUCGUGUUGGAUAAAACCUUUUAUGGUUUCUCAUUGAUUCAGAAUGAUGAAUUUUCAUCAGUAGCACAAGACUUCAUAUCCACAGAUGGUGUUAGGAACUGCAGAGGAAGGGUACUUGGUGGAUCUUCAGCUAUAAAUGGGGGGUUUUACAGUCGAGCUAGUGAGGAUUUUGUCAACAAGGCUGGCUGGGAGGAGGAGUUGGUUAAGGAUGCUUAUACAUGGGUGGAAUCUAAAAUAGUCUCCACACCUGAAUUGACACCAUGGCAGACUGUUGUUGAAUUUGGUCUUCUUGAAGCUGGAAUUCUACCUUAUAAUGGCUUUAGUUUAGAACACAUAGAGGGCACAAAGAUUGGUGGAAGUAUAUUUGAUAUAUGGGGCAUAAGGCACACCUCAGCUGAUCUUCUCAGGGCAGCAAAUCCCAAAAAUUUAGUAGUUCUUUUGAAUGCAACAGUAAAAAACAUCAUCUUCCAUAGGAAUGGCAACAUAACUGAGACAACAGUCCAUGGCAUAAGGUUCAUAAAGAGUGAUGGCUGCACAGAUCAAACAUACGAAGCCUAUCUCAAUCAACCCAAGAAUUCUACUUCAUGUGGCGAAGUGAUUUUGUCAGCCGGAGCAUUAGGUAGCCCCCAAAUCCUAUUAUUGAGUGGCAUUGGACCUCCUAAAGACCUCAAGAACUUCAACAUUCCACAUGUGCUAAACUUGGAAGGAGUUGGAAAAAGGAUGAAAGAUAAUCCUUGCAUUGCUGUUUUGGUAGACAAAGAUCCACAAAAUCAGACACCAGAGCCCCCUCAAGUUUCAGGGAUUGCAAAAGACUUCAAAUUCAUAAUUGAAGGAGGAAUUAUACCUAUUAGUUUCAAUGCAACAAGAAUGCCCAUAGCAGCCAAGAUUGCUUUUCCAGUAUCAGAAGGUAACCUUGAAUUAAACAGUACUGACCCUAGGCAAAACCCUUCAGUGAAAUUCAACUAUCUAGCAGAAGAAAGGGACUUGGAGGACUGUGCAAAUAUGGUACAUUUGCUUGAACGAGUAGCAAAGUCUCAAUCAGUUGCCUUCUACCUUGGUGUCAAACAUCAAAAUAACUUGAUGACUAGCACCGAUGAGCACAGACAAUUCUGCAAAGAGAAUGUGAGGACCUACUACCACUACCAUGGAGGUUGCACAGUUGGAUCAGUUGUGGACAAUGAUUACAAGGUUUAUGGAGUGAAGGGAUUGAGAGUUGUUGAUGGCUCAACUUUCCUGGAAUCACCAGGUACAAAUCCAAUGGCGACCCUUCUAAUGCUAGGAAGAUAUCAGGGGAUCAAAAUCCUGAGAGAAAGGGAAGGCAUUUAUUCUUCAUUCAGUACCCAACAAAACCCUUGACAACUCUACAUUUGUAUGCUGAACAAAUUUACAGACAACUAAAUAAAAUUAAUUAACAUGCUAUUUAGGGUGCUUUUUUUUCUUCUUCUAUAUAUUCUUUCCUUGAAUAUUCUUACAUGCAAGAAAGAAACUUAAGUAUUAUUUACGUGAGAAAUAAUUUCCAAGAGAUAGCACUAACAAAAGUAUAGAUUUAUUUAUACUCAUCAACAGAUCUUAGGAAAAAACAAGUGUUUCUAUGUACAUGAUCUUCCCACAAAGAUGAAAAAAAAAAAAAAAAAGAAAAUUGAAAUGAAGG